CCCUGGAAUUUAGCAAGAAUAUAUUUUUUCAGAAUCGCACAACUCUCCCUUGUUUUUCUGCCUCGCGAGAAAGUCUGUCCUAAAUCUCCCCUGUAGCCCAGGCCACUCUGAAUUCUCCCCGGAGCUCCUGAGGACGUAACUCAAUUAUUUGAAAGCGGGAAGCAAACUACGUUUCCCAUGGAUCGACGCCACUCUUCGCCCACCCAGCGUUUGACCUCUAGACGGUGGCUGAAAAGGGACAAUGGUUUCCAUGUCAGCGGGUAAACGCUCCGGUCUUAGCUCCAGGAUGAGGGAGGAUGGAUGUAGCAAUGAGCGUGUGCUGAGGGGCGAGGAAGAAAUAUAAAGGAGCCGGCUUCCAAUAGAGCAAGAGCCAUGCCACGCCGGGGCCUAGUUGCCGGGCCAGACUUUGAGACUUUCCGGCGUCGGUAUUUCACGCCGGUUGAGGUGGCCCAACAUAACCAACCGGACGACCUCUGGGUGUCUUACCUGGGAUCCGUAUACGACCUAACGCCGUUGGCACAAAAACACAAAGGUAAGGGCCACACUCGGUCCGCUGCGGGGUGUUUGUGGGUGCCUGGUUCUCGGGCGGCUAGCAUUGACGGCGGCUGUGCCUUCCCAGGAGACCUGCUGCUGAAACCCAUCGUGGAAGUUGCGGGUCAGGACAUCAGCCACUGGUUUGACCCAAAGACCAAAGACAUCCGAAUGUACGUGGAUCCGAUGACUGGUGCCCAGAGAUACCGCACCCCCCGGGGCCGCUUUCUGCAUAUCCCACCUCAGCUGCCUCGCUCCGACUGGGCCAAUGAUUUCGGGAAGCCCUGGUGGCAGGGGACGCGCUAUGAAGUGGGGCGGCUGUCCGCCCAGACCCGGAACAUCCGAAUCAUUAACACACUCACGUCGCAGGAGCACACACUGGAGGUGGGGGCCCUAGAAUCAAUGUGGGAAAUCCUACACCGCUACCUCCCCUAUAAUGCACAUGCUGCCAGCUACACAUGGAAAUAUGAAGGGAAGAACCUGAACAUGGAAUGUACCCUGGAAGAGAAUGGGAUCCGGGAUGAGGAGGAAGAAUUUGAUUAUCUCAAUAUGGAUGGUACACUCCACACACCUGCAAUACUGCUCUACUUCAACGAUGACCUCACAGAGCUAUAGGAAAGGAGAUAUGUGUUUGUGUAGACUCAAGACAUAUUUUGAAUUUGGCUGUUUCUGUGCCCUGUAGGAAAAGAGAUGGGGUUGGGUGGGGGAGUGCCUGGACCGAGACCUCCAUUCUACUCUGGGAAUUGACCUGUGGUUCCCAUGCCCUUAUGAAAGAUUAAGGCCCUAUUUCACAGGUCCAUUAUAAUUUACUCUGAGAAAAUUAGGGGGAAUGUUAGAAGUUAAUUUUUUAAAAUGAUAUAAGACGACAAAAUAUCUUGGACUAAGGAGAUGUAGAAGAGGAUAGAGUUCAGGUAGAACUUUUUUUAAAAUAUAUUUUUAUUGAUUUCAAAGAAGAAGGGAGAGGGAGAGAGAAACAUCCAUGAUGAGAGAGAAUCAUGGAUGGGCUGCCUCCUGCAAGUCCCCCACUGGGGAUCAAGCCCACAACCCAGGCAUGUGCCCUUGACGGGAAUCGAACCUGGGACCUUUCAGUUCGCAGGCCAAUGCUCUAUCCACUGAGCAAAACCGGCUAGGGCUCAGGUAGAACUUUUUGAUGAUAAGAGAAAGAGAAAUCCUAUACAGGGAUGAGGGAUGGAAUGACUUUUUUUUUUUUUUUUUUUGGCAAUGAUGGAAAUGGGAUGGCUGCAGGAAGAUGGUGUUUACAAAGACAGGAAUAGGAAAUGUCUAUCAUUGGCCACACAAAACUGGCUAAUCUCCCUUCUGAAUAGUAUUUGCCAGCUGAAACCCAAGGGGAAGAAAGGAAGUGAAUGGUUACCAGGGAAUUCAUUCGGUUUAGAUAUUAUAUUAUGUGCUUUAUACACUGUUUAGUAUAACUACACAUUACCACUAUUUUACAGAUAAGUCUUUUGUAGUUUAGCAAGAUUUUAAUAGAACUAAGGCAGACUAGUUAGUAAUCAGGAGGUAAACCCAAGUCUGCUCAAAGUCCAUGUUCUUUUCAUUGUAAAGGGAAUAUCUCAAUGUUCUAGGCUCAUUACACAAUGGGAACCUGUAGGCUUAUUGUGCAGUCAGCUGUUUUUUUCUGCAGCUAUUAGCAGAGGUAUGCAGAGACAGAUAGGAGGCAGUGAGGUUAAGUGUCAGCUGAGCAAUAGCUAUUGAGACUACUUCUUGGUUGAUCCCAUAGCACAAUUUUUCUUCUGACGUUUUCAAGGCAAAGAGGUGGGUAUAUACUGGUUCCAGGAAAAACUAGAGUUGGGCCUUUGGAGUGGGACACUUUGGAUGGUGGAGCAAAGGGAGGCGAAUAGCACAGUAUGGGCCUGCACCUCUUCGGGAAUGUGAGGGUGCAGGGUUGACUUUGCAAGGUAUUGUUUCUACAAUAAGGGACUUGACAGGGUAAAGUAAAGAGAGGAGCUAAUUAAGUCAAAAUUCCUGAGGACCAAAAGAGAACUGGAUUUGGUCCCAUUUAACGUAAGCAGGGAAGGAGAAUGAGAAUAACGGGAAUUUCCUGAUGGCAACAGGCAAACAAGAAGCAGAGGGGAUAGUGCAUCCUCCUGACGUGGGCCCAGAGCAGACAGAGGUGGCCCCUGUGAGACAUUGGGUGGGCUGCAUAGGAGUUGUGUGUUUUUAAAUGUUUUUAUUGAUUUUAGAGAGGAGAGGGAGAGAAACAUCAGUGAUGAGAAUCAUUGAUUGGCUGCCUCCUGCAUGCCCCCUCCUGGGGAUUGAACUCACAACCUGGGCAUGUGCGGACCCUUUAGUCCGCAGACUGACACUCUAUCCACUGAGCCAAACCAGCUAGGGCCAUAGGAGUUUUUUGAAGCGCCAACUAUGAAAGGCAUGGACGAAGGUGGAGACAUCUGUUUUGGCUUCAGCAGUACCUGAACACAAGGUGAGGAUUGAGGGAUUCUUUUAGUCCCAUGUAUUGCUAGAGUCCAUGAAUUACCAGAAUCAUUUUGAUGUUUAAUCAACUCUACAGUUGUUUUGUGUGCAUCAUGUUUGCCCAGUUAAAUCCUAAACUAUUUGAGAACCAAAGCCAUGUUGUUGUUGUAGGCCUAUGCAUCCUCAGGACCUAUGGCUAUGGGAUUGUCCCUCUUCCAGAGUCUCCUACUUCAAUACCCGUUGCCAGAAACACAUCCCUCUCCUCACACAACCAGUCACUCUCCAAGUAGACUAUAACUCCUAAAUAUCUCUGGAAUCCAUCUUCCUUUUUCCAAGCUAUCAUCACCUCUAGGUUAAAAUUAUGGAUGUAAUUGGCUGGCUGGCUGGCUAGCUGGCUGCUAGACUAUAUCAUUAGAGCAUUAAUCGUGUCCAACUCGUUUCUUGCUGUAUUCCAAGUGUUAGGCACACAGUUGCUGCUCAAUAAAUUUUGAUUGAAUGAA